AUGUUUGUAUUGUUUUUUUUUAUUUAUUGUGUAUUUGCUUUAUCUAAAGAAUACCAAACAAUACAAGAGGUUAUAAAAAGGUUACAUAGGGAUACAGAUUUUAAGACUUUAUACGAAGUGUUUGAUAUUUACAGCUUUACGCCUGUAGAUGAUAUACAAAAAAAAUUUGUAAAAUUAAUUACUGCUAAAGAAACACCGCCUCGAUUUCAUCUGCCCCUUAAGGAUUAUAAAAAUUUAGUUACUGCUUGCUACGAUAUUCUAAAGAAAAAUAAAGAUGCUUACGAAGAAAUACUUAACAGUCCUUGGUUAAUGUUUGAUAAUUCAAAUAAUUACAAAAAUUCUCGAUUAAUGAUAUUUGCUUCUAUUUUGGCUUUACUAUUAUGUGUUGAUUUUGUUUAUUACUGCUACCGAUUUGCUAAAUACUGCAAUUUGACAACAACAGAAAUUGAUGCGGAACCUACGAAAAAAAAGAAAAAAGCAAAAAAAAGUUUUAUUCAAUCUAGUAUGUCUAAACCUGAAAUGUAUAUUUAUUUAGGGUAUCGAAAACUGCUAGCUAUUUUUGGACAUUAA